AUGUCAGACGAUUGGGAAGCAACUACGGUUAUUGGACAAAAGGUAAGGAGGGGCGGUGGCGGUCCCAGACAGCAGGUGGCCAGAACUCAAGGACAAAUCAACGCUGCCAGAAGGGCCGGUCUAGUGCUGUCUGUCGACAAAAAGUACACCUCAAGCAACACGAAGGGUAAUAAUGAGGGACAAAGACUCACGAUGGUUGACCGUGAAACGGACAUUGUGAAGCCAAAAAAGCUAGAUUCUUCAGUUGGUAAGGCGAUUUCCAAGGCCAGGUCGGAUAAGGGUUUGAGCCAGAAAGAUUUGGCUGUGAAAAUCAACGAAAAACUCACUGUCAUCAACGACUACGAAUCCUGCAGAGCUAUUCCCAACCAGCAAGUUCUAGGCAAGUUGGAAAAAGCUUUGGGUGUCAGAUUGAGGGGUAAGAACAUCGGCGAGCCUUUCGGAGGCCCUAAGAAGUAA